CUUCGAUAAGUGGUGAAGAUAAAAUAAUCAGGAAAUAGGUUUUUGCCAUGGAUCCAAAAGAUGUCAAAACGGCAUUGAAAAAUGCCAGAGAAUGUAUAAAGAACAAAGAAUACAAGGAGGCCUUGAAGCAUUGCAAAGGAAUUUUAGCUGAGGAUAAGAGUAACUACAAUGCCCUGGUAUUUGUGGGUGUAGCAGCUGAUGGUCUGGACCAGUCAGAACAGGCAGUAAAGGCAUACCGACGAGCCACAGAGGUGGAGCCAGACCAACCGCUGGCGUGGCAGGGACUGAGUGGUUUUUAUGAAAAGCACAGUUCACCAGAGAAUGAUAAAGAACUAGUAGAAGUGUACACCAAACUCAGAGGUUUCUUUGAAAAAGACAAAAACAAAAGAACAGAAGUGACAAAGAAGCUUGCUGGUUUACACACAAAGCUGGGGAAUAUUGACAUGAGUUUAGAACUUUAUGAGAAGUUGUGUUCUGAGGUGACAGAGGACUCUAUGAAGUGUAGCCUCUAUACAGACAUGUUAUCAUUGUUCUUAAAGUUGUCAUCCCUCACACCACAGCAAGAAGACAUGGUUAUUGACAUUAUGGAUAGUCUGUUGAAAUUGGAUGCACAGCUUGAAGAAAGUGUUGUCACCUUCUACAUAGAUAUUCUUUUCAAGAAGAAAGACCAUUCACUGUUGGAGAAAUCUUGUCAAGUGCUUUGUGAAAAGUAUCCCUCUAUGAAAUAUCCGUUAGAAGUGAAGUUACUGAUUUUUAUGGAUAGAGCUUUGUGUUCUGAGGACCUUUUGCCUACAUGGGAUCCCCACAUGUCAGAGACCAUGACCCGGCUCUCAGAUUUAGACAGUGAGAGUGUUACACUGAAAGCUGCCCAGGGAUUCCAGUCUCUGUGUAACAAAGAGCUGCAUCAGGCUAAGGACUGCUUAAAGGAAGCUUUGCCAGUGAUGUCCUCCACCAUCUGUGUACCAUACUAUCUGUCUCUGACCUACUUUCUGUUACACAAAUUGGCAGAUGCUGAAUCAACUAUCAAGCAGUGUGCCAUAAAUUUAGGUAAGAAGAGUAGACAACUCACAGUGUCCAGUGGUGUGGUGUCCAGAAAAGUAAAACUCCUACAGGUCCGAAUCCUUCUACAAACAAGGACGACAGAUUCUCUACAGUCGGCCCUGGCUAUUACAGAGGAGCUUUGUGCUGGGGAUACAAGUCCACAAGUGUUGAUUGUCAGAGGACACAUUUUAUUAAAUUUGAAAAGACUGGAAGAAACUGAGGAUAUCCUCAGUAAGUUAGAAAGCAGCACAGAUAGAACAGCCCUGGAGGGAUAUGUCAUGUUCUACAAGGCGGAAUACACCAAAGCAGCAGCCAUAUUUUGUGAGUUGAUGAAGCAGGAUACCUCCAGCAGUGAGUUCCACCUGAUGUAUGCCAAGUCCCUGUGGUUAGAUAAAGAGAGACUUCAGAACAACCUCCAGCCCUGCUACACUGCUCUUCUAAAGUCUGCUAAACUUGAUCCCUACCAAAGUGAGCCAUUUGAGUACUUGGGAAGAUUUUACACAGAGAUACAGAAAGAUGAAGUCAAGGCAAAGCGCUGUUUUCAGAAGGCGUUUGAUCUCGACAGGAGCAAUGACAGUGCUGGGGAGGCACUCUGUGAUAUCAUGAACAAGACUGGAGAAGAGGAAGCUGCGUACCAGCUACUUUUGUCUGUGACAGGAAACGCCAGUGCUGGAUGCUGCAAGUGGGCAUGGCUUAGAUUGGGCCUUUACCAAGUCAAACAUGACACAGCAUCAGUAGCCAUAUCCAGCUUUCAGUCUGCACUCAGGGCUGAUCCUAAAGACCCACAUAUCUGGGAAUGUUUAGCAGAGGCCUACUACAAGAGGGGAAGUUAUACAGCGGCUCUUAAGGCUUUCACCCGAGCAUCAGAGUUGAAUCCAAAUUCUGUCUACAGUUUUUACAUGAUUGCCUGCAUUAAACAAACACUGAGUAUGUUGACGGAAGCUAUAGAGGAAUACAGAUUGAUUCUGAAGGACAAACCGAAUUAUGUGCCAGCUCUGAAAGGUAUAGGAGAGACAUAUGUACUUCUGGCCAAGCAUCAUUUCUCACAAGGUUUCAAUGGACGAGCAAAAGAAAACUGUCAAUAUGCCCUUCAAUUUCUGACAAGGGCGGUAUGUCACAGACCUGACUUGUCCUGCUUGUGGAAAUUAAUGGGGGAUUCCUGUACCAUCAUCCAUCCCCUCCCAACUCAAACCUUCAGAUUUGAUGUACCAGAAAACCUGUACAAUUCCAAAGAGUCCACAGAAGAAUGCCAACUCAAUUUGCUGCAGACUUUGGAGCUAGGGGCCAGGUGUUAUGGCCGAGCUUUAAAGUUACUCCCUGACUGUGCAGCUCUGUGGUAUGACCUUGGCUUUAACCUCUAUCAGCAGACCCUACACUCUACUGGUCAGGAGCCUCUGGGUGUGGCCCAGAAGUCUGUGGAAGCCCUAAGGAAGGGAUUAUCCCUGGAUCCCGGCAGUCACAUGAUCUGGAAUACCCUGGGAUUAGUCUACUGUAACUCAGGUUUGAAGAAGCCAUCACUAGGGCAGCACUGUUUCAUUAAAUCAAUACAAGCAGAAUCUGCUAAUGUGGUGGCCUGGACAAAUUUAGCAACACUGUAUCUGAAAAGUGGGAACAUUGAGUUGGCACACGAGGCUUACAAGGUGGCCCAGAGUUUAGAUCCUAACUAUGUGUCCUGCUGGAUUGGGCAGGCUAUGAUUGCAGAAACUGUAGGAGAUGAUGAUGCCAUGGACCUGUUUAGGCACACUACUGAGUUAUCUCCCCAUGUGGAGGGGUCUUUGGGGUAUGCACACUGGGUCUGUACAUUACUCCAGGAUGAAACCAAACACAGUACAGAAAUGUACCGCUAUGCUAUCCAUCAAAUGUUGGCUGUACCUGCAGCCUCAGAUGCUUUGGUCAGAUAUCUAGAUCUAGUCAAGACCAACCCUGGAGCAUACAAUAUGUAUGGACUGCUGAAAGAACAGCAAGGACUCUACCAAACAGCCAAGGAAGCAUUCCAAAAAGCAGUCAAACUAUUGGAUCCCAGUGACAUACUUUUGAACUUGGUAAAAAUCAACUUGGCCAGAACACUCUGUAAGCUUGGUGAGUACCCUGCUGCAUUGUUCCUGUAUGCCAAGUUUGGAGAACUGGACUCCCUUGAAGACCAAUGUUACAUGGGCCUGGCUUUCUACAAGGCACAGAAAUACACAGAAAGUUAUCAAGCCUAUGACCGAGCCCUUGAGAUAAGCACUACAGACAAAGACAGUUCACACCUCCAUGCCGUGCUAGGAAUGGUGGCCUACAAGUUUGGAGAUGUAGAUGGAGCCAAGGCUUCUCUUUUUCAAAGUUCCCAGCUUCAGCCCCCCUCACGCUAUGGUCUAGAAGCUCUGUGUGCCUUAGGACUGAUGACCUGUGACAUGACCUUGACCCUCACUGGAGAUAACUCCAGCCCUUACUUUACAGUGGUUCAUCACUGUCUGCUGGAAUAAUUAAAGCCUUUUUUUUGAAAUCUAAACAGUUACACUCUGUGGAGGCUGUUGUCAAGGUUACAGUUAAGGAGUUGCCAUGACAGCAUUUCCUCUUCUUCUGCAGUAUGUGCACAGACAGCUUUGUGUCUCAAGCCUGAGUGUCAGGAAUUGCUGACUGAUGCAACACUGGGACUAUUAAUUGAUGGCAAGCAUGAAUCAAAAACUACAAACAAUGAAGCUCUAAAGAGUGCACAAAGGGCUAUCCUAGUAAACCCAGAGAAGUUGGAGAACUGGUGCACCUUGGUAUCAGCAGUCCACAGCCAAUCAGUGCUGGAGGCGGAGACAAAAAGAGUGACAGCUCUCCUCAAACUAGAAUCCAGCUAUCUAAGAUGGCUAAUAUCAACAGCUGAUAUACCUGAUGUGUUAAAGGGCUGGUGUCAGAAACAGUUGACUGUUGUUCGUUUACUUACAAGAGAGAUAACAAAGGAAUCUGUUGAUGAUGACAUGAAAGAAUUUGUCAGAUGUCUUCUGGAAAGAUAUUCACAGCCUGACAGUGAUGAGCAGCAAGUUCUGAAGUUAUACAAGUCCCUACUAACUGAUACAGGGAAUGAUGAGGCCUCUGACAAAUUCAUCAGACUGACAGAUGACCUGAUGAAAAAGUCCACUCUCUCCAAGUCCUUAAUAAUGCUGAUGAAAGCUGUUAUCUUAAUGAAGUCCAAUCCCAAACUGGCCAAACACCGGCUGGUAGAUGUCCUGGUAAGGACAGAGCUUGACCAUAGGUCACCACUGGUCAGGUCCAUCACUAGGAGGUGCCUCCUACACAUCCUCAAAGACAAUGCCGAGAAAGAAAGGGAACUCAUUCAGGUACUGUUAACAGAAGCAGAAAAAGACCGUGAUAUUGACAGUGUGAAUUAUCAUAAGCUACAUUUUUCAGACAGUUGAUAGUGAUAAACUUUUAUUAUUUGCAUUUCAACAAUAAUAAUAAAAUGGAUUGGUGA